UGAGAUGUUAGGACAGGCGUCACUGCAGAGUACAGCUGUCUGUCUGUCUGUGCCUGUGCUAUGCGGCCUGUUGACAAGCUGCCCCCAUCUGGCUGGCUUCUGUCCGGGGACAGUCCGGUGGUUUUGCGCGGUCAGACAGGUGAAUAGCAGCAUCUGUGAGUAGGCGUCCAUUAUGAAUCCGGUUUACAGCCCUGGGCCAACAGGGGUCCCCUUUACCAAUACCAAGGGUAUAGGCUACCCAGCAGGAUUCCCCGUUGGCUACGCACCAGCAUACACUCAGAAUAUCUAUGCAGGAGUGAACGCAGCCUUCCCCAGUGGCUAUGCUCCAGGCACUCCUUUCAAAAUGGCCUGCUCUCCCAACACUGGGACUGUCCCACCAUACUCCUCCUCACCCAACCCCUACCAUGCUGCUGUUUAUCCGGUCAGGAGCACCUACCCCCAACAGAACCCCUAUGCACAGGCACUAAUGCCUUCACAACAACAAGGCACUUAUUACACACAGCCGCUGUAUGCUGCACCACCACAUGUUAUACACCAUACCACAGUGGUCCAGCCAAAUGGGAUGCCUGCAGCCAUGUAUGCCCCGCACAUGCAUCCUCAACGCCAAAACAGUGUCACCAUGGGGAUGGUAGCCGGCACUACCAUGGCCAUGUCAGCUGGAACUUUGUUGACAACUCAAUCACCAGCGUCUGUUGCCCCCCACCAAGUCACGAUGCCCACAUAUCGGCAUCCUGGUACACCCACCUACAGCUAUGUGCCCCCACAGUGGUGAAGAGAGGGACGUGUCAGAAGAUGGUAGAUAUGCAUUCACACUCUACUCCAGUGUUUUUUGCUAUUGGUGAAGACCUGCCCUGCCAGUGUCUGCAACCAGUUACUCUUCUUCCAGCAUAAUGUGAAUCUAAAACCCCAUUUGGAUAGGAGGGGGUGAAGAAUAGGUCCAUCCCCAUGACCCCUCUCAAUGGAAUAAGGCUGCAUUCCAUGUCACACCCCAGCGCCAGCACCUCUACAACAUGCUGCAUAUCUCACAUCAAACAGCAAUGCCUCCAUGCAAAUUAUUUUGUGAACUGUCAUGCAGGUUUUUAUAGCUUAAACUCUUAAGUGGUAAAAAGGGAGUUUAGAAUAGUUCUUUUGUGGUUUCUUUUUAAUAUGGGGGAUACAUAUGAUGUUGAAUGCAUGUGUAUAUAGAUAUAUGAAGUAAUGCUAGCGCAAUCUACCUGCUGUGACAGAUGCAAAAUUAACAAAAGGCACACAUCCAAAGGAAAAAAAAUAUAGUAAUAAUCUGCAAUGCUGAAUCACCAGUGACCAUGUCUGACAUGUGAAAGAAGAAAUGACAAGACUUGUUUAUUCAUGCAAAAACAUACCUGCACAAACAAGUGCAGACUAAACUGUACUGUUUCUCACCGCUUUGUGUUUUGGUAGGUGGAGCUAGGUUUUUAUUUCUCUCAGUGAUGCAGUGUAUGCAUUUUGUCUUACCAUUUUUGUAUUUUAGGAAAGAUGGGACUUUGAGUUUGUGCCUCUGACUGAUGGCCAUUCCAACACGUAAUCACAGUGUUUUAUUUUCCCUGCUCUGUCAAAACCUUUU